GCAGAGUCCUCCAGAAGGCAAACACCUCCCUGCAAAGUCUUUUCCUUACUGGCUUCGCGGGGGGGGGGUGGUCUUUGUCUCUCCCGGGGAAAGCAUCGCUGGCACCUUUUGGGAACUGGAUUUGGCAGCGUACCUAAUUGGGGCAGACAGAAAUUGGCAGAAGACGAACGUGUUCCUCUGGACCUCUUGAAGGCUUUCGUGGAACAGUGAUGGAUGAGCAAGACACAGCUUGGCCUGAAGCAGGAAGAAGCCGCGAUGCCAUCAAGACUGGGUGCAGUGAGGGAUUCUGGGAAAGAACCGUGCGGAAGGUCCUGGGUGAGGAGGACACCCUCAGCUCAGAUGUGCAACACCAGCAGUUGAGGCAGUUCUGCUACCAGCAAGCCGAGGGCCCCAGAGAGGUUUGCAGCCGACUCCACCACCUUUACCGUCAGUGGUUGAAGCCAGAAAGGCAUACCAAAGCUCAGAUGCUGGAUCUGGUGAUCUUAGAGCAGUUCCUCACUAUCCUUCCACCAGAGAUAGAAAGCUGGGUGAGGGAAUGUGGAGCGGAGACCACUUCCCAGGCGGUGGCCCUGGCCGAAGGUUUCCUUCUGAGUCGGGCAGAGGACAAGAAGCGGGCAGAGCAGGAGGAAAAAGAUCCCUUUGCAGAAAUGGGCUCUGAUCUCCCUGAAGCAGAGAGGACUCCAUCAGACACCAGACAGAGACAGCUGGGCGACAGAAUGAUGCCGGCAAGACCUCCUCAGGCAUCUCUUCUUUGUGGCAGAGGGGAAGCAGUUGCUGUGGCACCGGAUCAGGGAUCAGUGUCCUUUGAGGAGGUGGCUGUGUAUUUCACGAAAGACGAGUGGAUUCUGCUGGAUCCUGACCAGAGAGCGCUGCAUGCGGAAGUCAUGGAGGAGAAUUGUGGGAUCGUGGCCUCUCUCGAAGGGGACAAAUUGGAAACCAAGAAUAAGGGAGUCAACAACAAAAAACCCACAACAGGGGAGCGGAAUAAAAAUGUGGAGUGUAAACAGAAUUUCAGUCAGAAUUGCAACCAGAGAAUUCAUAAGAGGGAAAAACUAUACCAGUGUUUGGAAUGUGGAAAGAGCUUCAGUCGGAGUUCCAAUCUCACUUCCCAUCAAAGAAUUCACAAUGGGACGAAACCAUAUCAGUGCAUAGAAUGUGGAAAAAGCUUCCAUCACAGCACCACCCUUACUAUACAUCAGAGAAGCCAUACAGGAGAGAAACCAUAUACAUGCUUGGAAUGUGCAAAGAGCUUCAAUCGGAGCUCCCAUCUCACUUCCCAUCAAAGAAUUCACAGUGGGGAAAAACCGUAUCACUGCUUGGAAUGUGGAAAGAGCUUCCGUCACAGCACAACCCUUACUACACAUCAGAGAAGCCAUACAGGAGAGAAACCAUAUACAUGCUUGGAAUGUGGAAAGAGCUUCAAUCGGAGCUCCCAUCUCACUUCCCAUCAAAUAAUUCACAAUGGGAUGAAACCAUAUCAGUGCAUAGAAUGUGGAAAAAGCUUCCAUCACAGCACCACCCUUACUAUACAUCAGAGAAGCCAUACAGGAGAGAAACCAUAUACAUGCUUGGAAUGUGCAAAGAGCUUCUGCUGGAAAAAAAGCCUAAUAUCCCAUCAAAUAAUUCAUUCAGGUGAGAAACCGUAUCAGUGCUUGGAAUGUGGAAACAGCUUCACAUGCAAGGCGAGCCUCACUUCCCAUCAAAGAAUCCAUACAGGAGAGAAACCAUAUCAGUGCAUAGAAUGUGGAAAAAGCUUCCGCUGGAAAGAAAGUCUUGCUUCCCAUCAGAGAAGUCAUACUGGGGAGAAUCCAUAUAAGUGCUUGGAAUGUGGAAAGAUCUUUAGCCGGAGCCACCAUCUCACUUCCCAUCAAAGAAUUCAUACUGGGAAGAAACCAUAUCAGUGCUUGGAAUGUGCAAAGAGCUUCUGCUGGAAAAAAAGCCUAAUAUCCCAUCAAAUAAUUCAUUCAGGUGAGAAACCGUAUCAGUGCUUGGAAUGUGGAAACAGCUUCACAUGGAAGGCGAACCUCACUUCCCAUCAAAGAAUCCAUACAGGAGAGAAACCAUAUCAGUGCAUAGAAUGUGGAAAAAGCUUCAUUCAGAGGUGCCAUCUCACUUCCCAUCAAAAAAUUCAUACAGGGGAGAAACCGUAUCAGUGCUUGGAAUGUGGGAAGAGCUUCCGUCACAGCACAACCCUUACUACACAUCAGAGAAGCCAUACAGGAGAGAAACCGUAUCAGUGCUUGGAAUGUGGAAAGAGCUUCAAUCGGAGCUCCCGUCUCACCUCCCAUCAAAGAAUUCACAGUGGGGAAAAACCGUAUCACUGCUUAGAAUGUGGAGAGAGCUUCAUUCAGAAAGCAAGUCUCACUUCCCAUCAAAGUAUUCAUACGCCUAUGGGAUCUCUGGGGUGGCUUAGUUUUUACACUAUUAAUCUAAGAUGGUCUUCAGAUGAGAUGUUAUGAUAUUAAUAAUGUGAUGAUUAUGUAUAUGAGCAGAUUGUAUUUUAUAUUGUAUUUUAUAUUGUACGUCGCCCAGAGUGUCCGUUCAGUCGGACAGAUGGGCGUCUGCUAAAUAAAAUUUUAUUAUUAUUAUUAUUAUUAUAGAGGGGAGAAACGAUAUGAAUGCUUGGAAUGUGGAAAGACCUUUCAGAGAAGUACACAUUGCCACCGUCAUCAAAGAAUUCACAGUGGGGAGAAAUCAUAUUAAUGCUCGGAAUGUGGGAAGAGUUUCAGCUUCAUGAAAAAUCUCACUUCACAUCAAAUAAU